AUGGAGACCAUGAUCAAGUCCGUGCUGCGCAUCGUGCAGUUCCUUCUUGUCCUGCUCACUACUGCCCUUGUCGGCAAUGUUAUCGCAAGCAAUGUCUCCGGAUCCGAAUCCGCUAUUAACUAUGUCAUGUUCGUGUGCGCCCUCUCCUGGCUUGCCAUCAUCUACGGUCUGGUUUCGCACUUCGUCGCCGCCGUCGCAAUCCCUGUCGUAGCUCUUGCUCUCGACAGCGCCGCGACUCUCUUCACCUUCAUCGCUGCUAUUGUCUUACUCCGCAAAAUUACAAGCAGUGAACUGCUCCAAUAUAGUAUCGAUUACAUUGCAUUUGGUUCAGAGGAUACUGAGAAGCGAUGCCGUGAGAUCCAGGCUAGCACUGUAUUCUUAUGGUUUCUCUUCGCUGCCUUCGCCGCCAGCCUCUUCUUUGUCUUAAAAGAGCUCCGGCGCGGCUCGGUGGUUCUGUUCGCGGUCCUAAUAUGUCCCAGAUCGGCGUAUAGGCUGCUGAUCGGAUCGACAAUGACCGUUUCUCUAGGACCGGUAGGGAGUAUGCUACGACUUUACGAGAGAGUAAUGCAUGCUAAAUUUGGGGGUCCGGUUAUUGAAUGUACGACCAAGGGGUGCAGAGUUACGAAUAAACACGGAGAAGACGGGCUUGGCGUUCGGGUCGACUUGUAUUCUCAGGGGCAAGUACCCUGA